AUAGCAGUCAUAUCUUCUUCGGACUGUAAAUUAAGCAUAUUUAAAUACAAAGUGUUUAUAUUGUUUUCGUAUAACACAUUGAGGCAAGAAAAUAAAUGAUAUUGCCAUUCAGUAUAAGGCAACACGAGACAAAACACAACGAUACAAGUACUAGCUAGAAGAACAUGAAAGAUGGCCAAUUGGUCUCGAUUUAGAGGCUAAUGUAAUCCAAGAAACUCAUCACAAUGCAUUUCUCAAGAGGAGGCGCAAAAUGAAGAGAUUUUCUCCCGUAUUCCCAACAUUACAAAAGCAUCUCCCAAGAGACACAGAACACGCUCGAUUAUGCUUCACCCAACAGAUCACAUAAUAUAAUGAUUAAAAAAAUCACGUGCACAAAUCGGCGCAGAAAUCCGAAGGCAUACAAAACAGAGCAUGAAUAUCUCCGACGCCUCAAAUGAUGGUCGCCGUUUUCGAGAAACCGUUUGUUAGUUUAGGAAUAGCGCCUACAAUCCCUACACCAUCACUCUUUACCAACUCCACGACACAUUUGGCAGAAAACAUUGACAUUUGCCGAUACAUUAUGACAUUCGCUUGAUUAAAGUGGUUCGGUCACAUGAACAUAUCUUAUUCAAGAACAUGAACUGAGAUUUUGUGGAUGUUUGUCCAUUAUCACCAUUUGUUUUCACGCUUCAUCGAAUUAGAUAAUCCCCAGAAAGGCAAAGAUUUGUUGAAUUUUACAGACUCAAUGUUUUGGGUAAGACAUCAGUGGAUGUUCAUAUAAUGUCAUAAUCAAUCCAGCGGUCAAUGAAUAUCUGCUCACAAAAGUUAACUGUUGAUUCUGAGGAUGAUUUGCAGAAAAUAUGGGUGAUGGAAUUCUACCAUAAACUCUUCAAUCUUUUCCAAUCCCGAACCGAACUCUCAAAGUGCAUUGAGUGAAGCAGAUCUAAGUGAUGUCAUUAUGUUGGCUCUCAGGUACAUACUUGCUGUAUUGAUCCGCAGUGUUCUCAUGGUCCUGGGGAUUCCUGGAAACGGUCUUAUCAUCAUCGUCUACUGCAAGAAACAACGGAAGACCGGGACAGACGCCUUCAUUCUAGGACUUGCUAUAGUUGAUUUCAUCGUUUGCCUUAGUUUCCCCCUGAAGAUAUAUUCUUACCUGACAUCGCAGUUUACAAAUGAUGUCCUGUGUAAGCUUAUGCACUUUAUCGUUUACUGGAACACAUAUCUUGGAGAGUUCUUGACAGCCGCCAUCACGGUGGAUCGAUACAUUGCAGUGUGUAAACCACUGAAGAGAAGGGUAUCACCCAAACAGGCCAUUCUCGUCAUAUCUACCUUGUCUGUUCUGGCAGCAUUCUGCGCCAUCCCAUCCGUUACGAAGUCAGGUAUUCAGAAAUAUGGUCCAGCCGUUUCCAAGUGCUCCUUCAGUUACGAUAACAUUACCUUCGCUCAAAUCAUCUCCUACUGCAACGACACUCUUUUCUACAGCUGUUUGGUUUUGAUUACGAUCCUGUAUACCCUGAUUUGGAUCUCGGUGCGACAUCGGGCAAGGGUUCGCGUGGAAAAACUAGGAGGGGCCAGUAGUAUAUCUAGAAACCUGAAGCCUCUGCAGGCUUCUGUGAUGCCCUCUGAAGCUUGGGGUAAUGAGGAAGGUACGAAAUCAGAAAACGUGACCGAUGGCUACAAGGCACCGGUUCAGCCGAAUAGCUCGACCGAAGCUACACAGGCUGGUGAUGUUGCUGGCAUACAACAGGAUAAGUCUGCAAGAAUACACACCUCUGACCUUCUCGCUGUGGAAUCAAAUUCUAGUCGCAGCAAUUCCGAUUCUCCUGGAAACCAUCUUGCUCCCCCUGUCCGUAUUGACGUUCUCGUCAGUCAGGGCACCACUGCGAAGCCAUCUAAUCCAGGUGCCCCAAUCCCAGUCGUUCGAACCAACAACAAGACAACUGUGAUGAUCUUCAUCAUCACUGUCAUCUUUUUCCUCUCCUGGAUCCCAACCAAAAUUUGGGAUUACUACCCAAACACAAAGUUUACCUGGGUACAAACAGAUCCAGUGAGAUACAACAUAUUCUACGUCUCUCUAUUCGCUAUCAAUCUUAAUCAGGUCAUCAAUCCAUUCAUCUACAGUUUCGUCAACGUUCAGUUCAGACGAGAAUGUGUUAGAGUAAUGAGACAUAUCCGACAAUGCAGAUUUUCUUAACAAAAUCAGUAGGAGCACUAUACGAAAAUUGAUUUGGUUUUGAUUUCUUGUAUUGUCUUCUUGGUAAUUGGUCUUGUUUUCGUCAUUGUACUUGUAUGAUUCGCACUCGAUGUAAAAUUAUUUACCUUGUUAAUACCUCAGUGACAUUUUCUCUACGGCAGCCAUACAGCGAGUCUAAAAUAACAGUUUUAACACUUCUUGUACCAGCUACAAAUAGGUGGUUUAAACAAAAAUAAACGACUGUUUUCGACUCGCCGUAUGGCCGCCGUAGAGCAAAUGUGACUGAGGUAUUAGUAUAAGUUCAGCAAUC